CUGAAAAAAAAUACAAAAGGCAGAGAGGGAGAGAGAGACACACACACAACGCAAUCAUGAGUCAAGAUCAGAAGCUUCUUCUUCAGAAAAAGAAAAGCAAAAGAAACCUAUUCGAAAUCUUGAUGGGAUCCAUCGUGAAGCCACUCUUCGGAGACAACUUAACAACAAUAGGAUCAAACAUUGCUGGUCUACUCUUCAUCAUCGAAACCCUAAGGAGAUACUUCCCUGGACAGCUCAAGGUCACGAUCCAAGAACUCCUCGUCAACGCAAUCCACCGCUUACCCUUUUUCAAGAAGUUUGCCGACAAGACUCUUGCCUUCUUCUCCCCUUACGCUCAGAUCAGGUUCACAGAAGUCGAGGAGUAUAGAUACAACUACGCUUACCCUGCCAUCAAGACCUACCUUGGCGCGCAAGUUAACCCUCAAGUGAAGAAUCUCAAGGGCAGCCAGAUGAGGGGGAGAAAGUCUUUGGAUUUCAAACGCGACGAUGAUAAACUCGAGGAUGAGUAUGAAGGUGUGAAGGUGUGGUGGGAGGUUGUUAAAUUCAACGAUGGGGCUAACAUUUGUAGGCUUACUUUCCACAGAAGUAACUGGGAGGUUGUGACUGGUUCCUACUUGAAGUACGUUGUGGAGGAAGGUAAGUCCAUUGAAGAAAAGAAGAAGAAGGUCAAGAUCUUUAUGAACAAUCCAAGCCUUAACUGGGAGAUGUCUACGAUGAAUCUAUGGAGUAGCAUUGACUUUGAGCAUCCAGCAACGUUUGACACAAUGGCUAUGGAUCCAAAGAAGAAAGAUGAGAUUAUAAAUGAUCUUUUAGCGUUUAGAGAGGGUGAAGAGUAUUAUAAGAAGAUUGGGAAAGCUUGGAAGAGGGGCUACUUGCUGCAUGGACCUCCAGGGACAGGCAAGUCCACGAUGAUCGCAGCUAUGGCGAAUCUAAUGGGCUAUAGUAUCUAUGAUCUUGAGCUAACUUCGAUAGGGAACAACUGGGAGCUCAAGAAGCUGUUGCUAGCUACUACUAGUAAGUCGAUUAUUGUGAUUGAGGAUAUAGACUGUUCCUUGGACAUCACGGGAGAGAGGGGAGUUAAGGAAGAUCAGAUCAAUGCAGAGAUUAAGAAAGUGAAGAAGAAGAAUGCAGUUACACUCUCUGGCUUGUUGAACUUCAUAGAUGGGAUUUGGUCGGCUUGUGGACAAGAGAGGAUACUUGUGUUUACAACGAACCAUUUGGGGAAACUUGACCAAGCUUUGAUCAGAAGAGGUCGGAUGGAUAUGCAUAUAGAGUUGUCUUAUUGCAGAUUUGAAGCGUUCAAGAUUCUUGCCAAGAACUAUCUGAAUCUUGAUUCGCAUCUCUUGUUUGGUGAGAUUGAGACGUUGCUUGAAGAAACGAAUAUGACGCCGGCUGAUGUUGCGGAGAAUUUGAUGGUGAAAGAUGGUGAAUCUGGUGUUGAUGGACCACUCAAGGGUUUGAUCCGAGCUUUGGAACAGAUGAAGUUGAACCAACAUUCAAAUGAACAACAGAAGGAGAGUAACAAAUAAAUAGUAUUAGCUGUUUUGUCAUCUGCUUUGAGAUCAGUGUUUCAUUAUGUUUUUACCAUCAAUUGUAGCUUGUAAAAUCGAAUUUAAUAGCCGCUUUGAAAUUAGUGUUUGUUAUUAGUACUUCACACCUUACAUUUUACAGAUCAUAUAUAGAGAUUUCCAAAAAAAGUAAACACAAAAAAACACAAUGUUUUGACGUGUGAAGAAAGUAAUCUCAAGUGAAUUUCUGUGAAUUCCAUAUGUUCUUGUCUCUGUUUUCAUUCUUUGUUGUGUGUUUAGUAUGGAUUAUCUUUGGGCUUAAGUCAAGAGUUGGGACAGAAGAUCUAGGAAAUGUAAUUAGUCUCAUAAGUAUAAACAAAGCCUCCUAAAUCAUAUUCCCAAGAGAAACCCAAUAUUUAAAACUACCAAAUUCCAAGUUUCAAUAGAUUUAGCUCUAGGCCAAGCCAAUAAUGUGAGUAAUCAAUCGAUCAGCCUAGUGAUGGGUUUUGGGUCAAACCCACCCCGCUUGACCAGCCAGCCAGCCAAUGCACGGGUUAAGUGAUGUUUUUGAUUAAAAAAAUAUGACGUGUUUAACCCGCAAGAAGAAAAUAUAAAACCCGCACUCAUCCUGCUUAAACUCUUGGGUGAUCACUAGACCAGCAGAUAAUAUUAAUAGUAAAAAUAAUUAUUAUUUUAAAUAAAUAAUUUUAAUUUUUUAAAAUAGUUUUUUCUCAUAAAUAAUAGUUUUUUUAUUUUUUUAUUAUAUAUUAUUGCAGGUUGACGGGUAUCCACAAUUGAAUUUAGCUGACCCGCCAAGCAUAAGGGACGGUGGGUUCCUUCGACUAUAACCUUCUUCAAUGGUUCACUUUAUUGUUUUAUUCAGAAUAGAAGAACUCUAUAGUAGAAUUGAAAUAUAUUUCAAUGAUACUCUACUUUAUAUUGAAAAAUAGAAGAUAACAUAAAAUAACUGAAUUGUUUUAUUUAUAAAGUAAAUCUAAUUUUAUUCUGUUAUAGAGUAACAUAUAAAGUAUAAUUGAAAUAUUUUUAUUUCAAACUCUCUUUUUACCAACAGCAACGCAACAGAGGGAAUAUUGAUCCGAAGACCUGAAAAGAAAGAGAAAGCGUAAGGAUUAAAGUAGUAACUGGAUCUGCUUGAUUUCGCCGGUACGAGCCUGCGAGUGGAUAGGUCGACACCUCUCCCUUCCACCAGCUCGCCUUCACCGCCACUGAAGUGCCCUGAAAGCUCUAGUCAGACGCCGUCCUCAAAGCAGGCAGAAACCAGAGAAAAGGGGACCAAUGGUACAGAUAUAGAGCUAAUCGGCUCCAAAACCCUUAUCUAGAAAAUUAUCAUUGAAGCAUCUAACUGAUAAUUUACCUCAACUUUUGAUGGCAAAAUAACAGCCUAGCUUUCAAUAGACGACUUCAAUAGUAGUCAUACAAUAUUUGAGUUGAAACAAUGAAAAACGAAAAGAAUUUGGAGGAUUUUGUCUCUAUUUUCUCGAUCAACUAAGAAGAUAUGACAUUGUUGAUCUAAAAAAUUUCGGAAAAUUAGACACUCUCUCUCUUAUUUCUCUCCAACCUCUCUCUAAGAAGAAAAAAAAAAACCUCUUUCGUAGAUCUCCUUGCUCCGGCGACUGCUGCGUCCUCCGUGCGGUCGUGCGGUCGUCGGAGCCCCCCUGCUCUUGUGUCUCUCCGUUCCUCCUUGUGUAUCUCUGUGGUCUCGGCGGAGGGUUAGUUAGACAAGGUCCCCCUUCCGGUUCAGAUCCGGUGCUCCCGGCGUAGAUCUAGAGGGUUUCGGUGUUGUGGGAUGCGCUAGAGGACGGCGCUGUCUCAUCGUACCGCUCUCUUCCUCUUGCUUGGAGCUUCAGUCCGGUUAGGGUUUUUUUCUCAGAUCUCGUCUAGCUCUCUCAGGAUUGGUGGCGUGUGGGUCGUCGGUGGUCCUCUCCAAGUGUUCUCUGAUCUCUCAGUGUGGCGUUUGACUGAUGGUGGGUUCGGCGUCUUGUUGGGGUUCCGGCUUCGAGCUUUGUGCUCCGGCCAUCAAACUCUAGCUUUGUUUUCCACUGGUGGUCUCCAGUGGGUUGCGUGGGGACUCUGUAAGGUUGGGCUCCGUGCUCUCCUCACGGUGGUUCUGGUGGCAGCGCACUGCGGUUCGCUUCGGCUUCGGCUUCAUAGCUCUGAGUUGCCGGCGGUGUGGCGUUCAUCGCCCCUCUCUGUUCUCCAUUUGCUUUGUGCAGGUACUCUUGCUCACUUGCGGUUGUAAUAGGUAGUUUAGAUUUGUUCAGGAUGGCAAUUGGGUCUCGGGUUACGAACUCACCAGAUUGCGCCACUCCAGAGGUGGUGUACCUCUCCAGUCCGAUUGUUCUAUAUGGACUCUUGGUUAAAUGGGUGUAUACGGUCCCGGUUGACAGACUUGAAGGCGGCAAUCUUCGAGAACGUCUUCUGAACGACGGCAUCGCUGGUCUGUGUCACUACCUCGUGCCACUGGUGGUGGUGAGUGUCGGGUUGGUAAGUGUAUCCGUGCUCGAGAUUCUCUGGAUUAGCUUUGCUUGGUAGGUCAUUAGGAAGCUGUAGGCACCGUGCAAUCAAGGUUUGAGGGCGCCUUUCUCUCGGGCUCGCGGCAACCGUCGACUCUCCUCCUCUGCUCCGGUCCUUUGGUCUUAGCUCGCCUCGUUGUUCUCCGGUACUUUGGAUGCUCCUGCUCUCCUCUCUUGGGCUUUAGGUCUUGUAUGUAAACUUGUGUUUAGUUUCAAUUAUUGUACUUCUGCUACUAGUUCUCCUUUGUAAUCUCUGUCAAAAACAGAAAACUUGAUAAUAUAAUUUUAACAUUUUA